AUGAUACAGACGCCUAGGGAGUUGCUGAAUCCACGGUACACGUACCACGCUAUCUUCAGCGACGUGUGCAAGACCCGGUUCAACCAUUUGGUAACGAGACUGUUUUUUAUAUGCUCAAUCAUCCAGAGUGUGUGUAUUUCACUGCUGGCUUUGCCUCACUUGCCCUUUUGGGAGCUGGCGUUGGCAUUCAUUCCCAACCUGCUGAUUCUUAAUCUGGUUUCCCUAUUGAUUAUUGUGACGAGGAAAAAUUACAUGCACGUGAAGAAUUUUGGGUUUGCCAAUUCAUUUACUUUCGCGCUGGGCCAAUUGUUGUCGAUGAAGUUUCUUGUAUACCAAGUUGUUUACACUUUCGGCAGUUUUCUUUUGUCGUUGGUUUUGAGCACGGUCUUUGGACGUGGAGGCUCUGGCUCUAGGCCAUACUACAGGCUGUUUAUCUGGAUAAUUAUACCCACGAUCUAUAAUCUGCAACAUCAAUUCACUGAUGCUGACAAGUUAUCUUUCAACUGUGAAAACUUCUUUCAAGCUCCGCAAGACUACGUAUUGGAGCGACUCAAGAAAAUUUUUGGGAAGUCACUAAUCCUAAGUGUAGCCAGUUUGUUCGUAUUGCCGAUCUCCACCACAAUUGUUUUCUCUAGCACGACACCAGGGUUAUUUGUUUCAUUUACGAGUGGCGUGGCAUCUAUCAUAAGGCUGCUGAUGAUCUCCUGCAUUAUCUUCAUCACUUUCGAGUUCAUCAAUAUAGCAUUUGACGCACAUAUGUCCAUUGGUUGUUUGCAUAAGGGCAAACUAAUUUCGAAUCUAUCGUCCACCCCCAUGGGAACUCUGUUAAGCGGACUUUCUUCGGAUAAGCCGUUUACCAAGUUGACUGCUUACCAAGAGUUAGCAUAUAGAGCAACAUCGCUAGAUCCAUCAUUGCGAGCACCAAUAUAUAGUUCCAAAUUCAGAAACAAUAAUGGUAACACGUGGUCGUUGAUUCUUAAGGAAUGCCUGAAGGUCAUCCAGGAAAAUAACGAGACAGUAAUGCUGUACCUAAGAUCCAUACAGGAUCUUAGCGACUCCACAAGCGCUAUGCAUCACAAAAAAGUGGACAACCUAGAUUAUAUGUAUGAGAAUGGGAAGUUGACUAGUGCCAACGAAAGGCUUUUUGGUAACCGACCUUCAAUGAUGGCUCCAUUGAGAAAUAGUGAUCCGUUGAAUGAAUCACCAAAUAAGUUAAGAGUUAGAACAGAUGACAGUGUGCUACUUAACCGCGGAAACAAAAAAAGGCCCACUUCUACGUAUUUGCAAAAUGACAUAGAUGAAGCUAGACAGACUUUCAAUGGCUCUAUAUUCACCCACGAGACGACAUUAAUGACUGCUGUACGUCUUAUAUGCAAGAAAUUAAAGAACUCGAUAAUGUCAUUUGUUUUCCCCUCAUACGCAGAAAGGCAAUCUUAUGACGAAGAUAAUAACUACAAAACAUUGCCAGAUAAGAAACACAACUCCAACAGGGGCCAGAUUUCAGUAAUUGAUAUAUGGUCCAUUUCCAAGAAAAGACAGGCUGAAAAGCUGAUUCCACUACCCAUAUGCCACGCCAAUAGUGUGGUAGCACUCACAGGACUGCUGAUCAAAUCAAGAACAGAGGACCCGAAGGGUGGCAUCAUUGCAUCUGUCGGUGAUAUCCUUAAGACUUUAGAAAGGUCUAUUUGUGCGUUGGGUGAGUUCGCCGAUUGGGACCCAGAAUCCAUGGCGUACAACGCUGCUAUCCAGGCACAAAAAACUGCUCAAGACAGAGUCCAACAGGACAGCGAGGACGAAGAUGGCAUGAAGGACACGGCGGACAUGAUAAGCGUUCUUUACCAACUGUCCACGAGCGCGUUUAUGGAGAUAGUGCUCGAGUACAACGUCGCAUUGAAUGAUGUCUACUUAGAUGCAGAUGUGGCUAAACUAGCCAACUGGUUUCUAGAAGUGUACACCACUGGCGCACCCGCAGCUAUAUAA